UACAAAUCCAACUUCCAAAGCUUCAACAUUUGGCAUCGGCCCAAUUUGAAAACUUUCAUUUUUUUCAGUUCGUUAUUCUUGAGAAUUGAUGCUAACAAUGGCGGCGUCUCAGUCUCAGUUCUUGACGAACCUCUCUCACGUCUUCUCUUCCCAACGCAAUCUCAGAGCGGAUAAUCGUGUUUCCUCUUCUUCUUGUGAAAUUACGCGAACGAAUCGGUCAUGGGGUUCCUUAAAAGCUGAGAAUUUUCAACCCAAAGGAAGAGGAUCGCCGCCAUGUUUGGGGAGCUUCGAGAGUGGCGGGUUGCUCAGGAAUGGGAUCGGUGAUGGUGACGGGAUUAUCAUCGUCGAUCACGGUUCUCGCCGCCGGGAAUCAAAUCUAAUGCUUGAGGAGUUUGUGAAAAUGUUCAAAGACAAGACUGGAUACCCAAUCGUGGAGCCUGCUCAUAUGGAACUGGCUGAGCCAUCUAUAAAAAGUGCAUUCAGUUUGUGCGUACGAAAAGGGGCGAAACGUGUAGUUGUUAGCCCAUUUUUCCUGUUUCCUGGAAGACACUGGCAUCAGGACAUCCCUUCGCUGACGGCUGAUGCUGCAAAGGAGUUCUCUGGCAUCUCAUACCUCAUUACCGCACCUCUCGGCCUCCAUAACCUCCUCGUCGACGUUGUGGACGACAGAAUCCAACAUUGCCUGAGCCAUGUAGAAGGUGAUGCAGACGAAUGUCCGGUUUGUGCUGGAACAAACAAGUGCAAGCUCUACAAUACUUCUUAGGUUUUUGUAUAUCUGCUGGUAACAAAAAUAAAGAGGCGUAUUAUACUGUUCAUACUCAUCAGUUACUACAUGUUCUUAUUACACACCAACUUGAAAAGACUCGUGAAUAAUACACUUUAUAUCUGGAUCAUGAGUAUGCUAUGCUUCUGGAUAAUAAGCUCGAGGGGAAGGAGAUUCGAUGUGCACAAGGGGCUGUUGAAGUAGAGUUAAUACUCUCUGAAUUUUACUGGACAUUCACUCUGGCUCUGGUGUAGCUACAAUGUUGACGACUCGUACAUAAAAAUAAAUCCACCAAAGUAAAAAUAAAAUACCGAACCCUCAUCCUCAGCAUGUUCCUCUUUGAAUUUCUUCAUUUGAUCCUCAUAUUGGUCCCUUGUCAAGUUUUUAUCAUCCUGAAUCUCAGAGUCAUUAUGAGUUUCAACAUCUAUAUCCCGCAGGUUCAAUGUUUU